UGGGAGCUGGACCUCCACGGGCUCUACGUAUCAGAGGCCACAGAGGCCCUGCGCCAGCGCCUGCAGCUGCUGCAGCGCCAGCCGCCAGGCCCAGCCCAGCCAGCCCCCACAGGCUCCGCCGCCGCCGGCCACCCCACGCGCGGCCGGGCGCUGCGCGUCAUCGUCGGCCGCGGCAACCACAGCAGCGGCGGCGAGGCGAGCCUGCCGAGGGCGGUGGCGGCGUGGCUGGACGACGCGGGGCUGCGGCACCGGCUGGUAGGCGGCUCGAUCGAGGUCGCGGUGCGGCCGCUGCCGCUCCCUCGGCGGCGCUAG